GGCAACUCGACUCAGUGUGUUUUAGUCAGUGGCAAAAAUUAAACCACUUUAUUAAGUGUUGUACUGAUCAUGUAAUGGCAACAGAAAAAAAAGAAAGGGCUUCCAAAGUUACUAACAGAGAUAAUGAUAUAGAUCCUGAUGAACUGUGGUUACGGCGAAGACUUCCACGGCACUUACCAAAGCGUAACAAUGAUGUUUAUGUAAAUAACUACUCAAACUUUAAGGGUCAAGAAGCACGAGCACUAAACCUUUUGCAUGAAAGUGGAUGGGUUGUAGUACAUGGUCUGGGCUCGGCAGUACCACGUGCUAUCAAUCUAGCCCUCUGUCUCCAAGUUGCAGCAAAAGCACCUGCAAUUAUUGAUACACGUACUUCAACUGUUUACCUAUCAGAUGAUAUUGAACCCACAUUUGAUGGAGGUGACCAGGAAUAUCAUGCAAAGGGAAAUGCUGCUGUCCAUAUUAAAGUUACCCUAAAGGAAAAUAUAACCAAGGAAUCCCCUACUACAGAAAAGAGCAAAGCCAGUACAUAA